AUGUGCCUGCGGUCCCGGCGGGGCGAUGAAGCAGCGAUGACGGCCGGAGAGGGGACCCUCCGGCCCUGGAAACCCGACCCGGGGCAGGUGGAGGGGGGUCGGCCGCCCCCGGGGCCAUCGCUGCCCCUGACCCUCACCGUCCUGGCCUGGCUGGGCACCGGCACCACCAUGGCCGGCCUCAACAAAUGGAUCUUCGCCACCCACGGCUUCCGCUACCCGCUGCUGCUGUCGUCCCUGCACAUGCUGUCAGGGGUGGCCGUGGGGUACCCGCUGGGCUGGGCACGGGGACCGUCGCCGCUGGCCCCCCGGCCCCGCGCCAGGAUCUACCUGCUCAGCCUCACCUUCUGCACCAGCGUGGCGUUGGGCAACCUGGGUUUGAGCUACGUGCAGCUGGACGUGGCGCAGGCGGUGGCCACCACCACCCCGCUGGUCACCCUGCUGCUGUCGGGGCUGCUGGGGGGCCGGCGGCACCACCCGCUGCAGUACGCCGCCAUGGGGCCCGUCUGCGCCGGGGCUGCCUGCAGCAUCGCCGGCGGGCUCCGCUUCCACCAGCCCGGCUGCGGUUUCCUCCUGGCCGCCACCGUCCUCCGCGCCCUCAAGUCCAUACAGCAGAGUCUGCUGCUGCAGGAGGACCGGCUGGACGCCCUCUCCCUGCUCUGCCUGACCUCCCUGCCCAGUUUCUGCCUGCUCUUUGGGGCGGCCGUGGCGCUGGAGGUGGGUCCCUCCUGGGAGGGUGUCCUGCGUUACGAUGGCACCCUCUGGGCCUGCGUCCUGCUCAGCUGCCUGGGCUCCGUCCUCUACAACUUGGCUACCUUCUGCAUCCUCUCCCUCACCUCCGCCCUCACCGUCCACGUCCUGGGCAACAUCACCGUGGUGGGCAACCUCCUGCUCUCCCGCCUCCUCUUCGGCAGCCACCUGAGCGGGCUCAGCUACCUGGGCAUCGGGCUGAUGCUGGCCGGGAUGUUCAUGUACCACCAGCCGGACCUCAUCGCGGCACGCUGGGCGGCACGGCCGGGCCGGGGCCCCCCCAGGAGGGAAGAGCCCAGCGAAGGGGACGGGGAUGGGGACGGCUCAGACCCACCCGCCAUCCCUCCAGGACAGUGCCGGGCUGUGGCACGGCAUACGCUCACCUUGGCAAAGAGAUGA